AUUCCUAUCAGCAUUUUCCCAAAUCUCUCUCUCUCUCUCUCUCUCUCCAAAGUUCUCCACAAUCAAUGAUUUGCAUGGCUUCUUCACCCUGUUUGCAACCACAGGUACUGAACCAAUCUGAAAACAGCAACAAUGUCAUGGUGUCUUUAGGUGCUGAACCUGAAACUGUCCAGCACUCACCGGACGUGGACAAGGGUCAUGCAGGUAUGAGCUGUUGGAAUCACCGAAAUGACAUUUUCCUGACAUGGGAGGAACUUGGCGUGACUGUUCCAAGUAAGAAACAUAACUGCAAAUGGAUUCUUCAAGGUUUCACAGGGUAUGCUCAACCUGGAGAGAUUUUGGCCAUCAUGGGUCCUUCUGGUUGUGGCAAAACUACUCUUCUUGAUGCUUUAGCAGGGAGGUUGGAUUCCAGCACCAAACAAACUGGACAAGUUCUGAUCAAUGGUCAUAAACAAAAUUUGGCCUAUGGGACAUCGGCAUAUGUAUCUCAAGAUGAUGUAAUAACAUGGACACUAACAGUGAGAGAAGCAGUGUUCUACUCUGCACUACUCCAACUGCCCAAUUCCAUGUCAUUGACAGAGAAGAAAGAGAGAGCAGAGAUGACAAUAAAGGAGAUGGGGUUACAAGACUCCAUUGAUACGAGAAUAGGAGGAUGGGGCAGCAAGGGCCUUAGUGGUGGGCAAAAGAGGAGAGUAAGCAUUUGCAUAGAGAUUUUAACAAGGCCUAAGCUUCUUUUCCUCGACGAACCCACUAGUGGACUCGACAGUGCUGCUUCAUAUUAUGUGAUGAAAAAAUUGGCCAACCUUGCUAAACAACAUGGAAUGACUGUUAUAGCAUCUAUCCAUCAACCUGGCAGUGAUGUCUUUCAGCUUUUCCACAGUCUUUGCCUUCUCUCUUCUGGAAGAACUAUAUACUUUGGACCCUCUACUGCAGCAAAUAAGUUCUUUGAAAUGAAUGGUUUACCCUGUCCCAGUCAUCAAAAUCCAUCCGAUCAUUACCUCAGAACAAUUAAUACAGAUUUUGAUGAGGAUAUGGAACAAGGUUUUGGUGCAAAGAAAGACAGAGAGGAAGUAAUCAACUUGCUUGUAAGAUCUUAUAAAUCAUCUGCUACUUGCAGGCAAAUCCAAAGAAGGGUAAGAGAAAUAUGUCGACAGGAGAAAACAGAACUAAAUAAGGGAAGCCAGGUUAACUUCAUCACACAGAGCCUUGUUCUGUCAAGAAGGUCUUUUGUGAACAUGUAUCGUGAUCUAGGCUAUUACUGGCUACGUCUGGCUAUAUAUAUCAUGUUAGGUUUGGGUUUGGGCUCUGUUUUCUACCGCAUUGGCACUGGCUACAGUUCAAUACAAGCAAGAGGAUCACUGCUAAUGUUCAUUGCUUCUUUAUUGACAAUAAUGGCAAUCGGAGGCUUCCCUUCAUUUGUAGAGGACAUGAAGGUGUUUCAAAGGGAAAGAUUAAAUGGGCAUUAUCAAUCAGGUGCAUUUGUUAUUGGCAACACACUCUCAUCAACACCUUACUUGCUUCUCAUAUCUCUAAUACCAGGAGCAAUCACUUACUGUCUAGUUGGUCUCCAACAAGGAAGUGAACACUUCAUCUACUUUGCUUUGAUACUCUUUGCAUGCAUGAUGCUGGUGGAGAGCCUAAUGCUGAUCGUUGCAAGCAUAGUUCCAAAUUUCCUAAUGGGUCUAAUAACAGGUGCAGGAAUUCAAGGGCUAAUGAUGCUAAGUGGCGGUUUCUUUCGGUUGCCGGAUGAUCUUCCCACAGUCUUGUGGAGAUAUCCAUUGUAUUACAUUGCCUUCCAUAAGUACGCAUAUCAAGGACUGUAUAAAAAUGAGUUUCAAGGACUAACAUUUCCUCCAAGUGAUCAUGGAGGGCCUCCUUACAUAAAUGGUGAAGAAAUCCUGAGGAAUAUAUGGCAAGUUGAAAUGAGUUACUCCAAGUGGAUUGAUCUUGCUAUAUUAUUUGGCAUGGUGGUUGUUUAUAGACUUGUAUUGUUAUGUGUUCUUGGGAUUACAGAAAAGUUUAAGCCUUUUGUUAGGGAAAUAAAGUUUGUUUCUCUUAAUCAAGCAAAGAAAAUUCUAGCUAAUCCAUAUUGUAAGCCUUCUGAUGAAGUUAGAUAGCAACUUUCAUAAAUAAUAAUUUCAUGAUGGAUUUUCU